AUGCAUACAUUCUUUUAUAUAUUUUUUUUUAUAACUCUUAUUGUUAUUGCAAGUGCCAUGAAGGAGUAUAAACUUUUACCAGAUAUGAUUGAAAAAUUAAGAAAAAAGUCAACUGAUGAAGAUCUCGGAGAAAUUUCAAUAAAGAAACAAUUUUUUCAAGAUAUUUUUAUGGAGCACCAAAAGGACGAUAAAUUACAGUUUGGCUACGUUUGUGAAAAUCCGGUUCAGUGGGAACAAAGAUUUGAAGAAAAGGAUCUUCCCAACAAUCGGCAUCGGGGAAAGGUUCAAUGGGGAAAUAUAGAUGGUAACUAUGGCGAGCAUUACUGGGAUAUAAAUCAUAGGUAA